AUGGUUUUGGCACUUUCUUUGCUCGCGGUGGCCACGACCAUUGCGUUUGGCCAACCUGGAUAUGGGACUCUGCUUCCCGAUCCAGGCAAUGACCACCCCUUCAAGGUCGCUGUAUCGCACUUUUCUCUUACGGACAAUACGCCCAGGCCCUCAUAUGCCAGCGGCACUCCGGCUCGCACCAUCAUGGCCACCCUGUUCAUGCCCGUUGCUCGAGAUGCCUGUGCCUCGGAAUGCAGGAACAUUUACAUGCCUGGCAAGACGGCGCGCGCUUCAGACGAACAGUUCAUUCUAAAUACUACGGGUCCCGUCUUUGGAACGAUGGAGUAUAAUGCCUGCUGUGGCAACAAGAACAGCACCAUUGACGCCUCCAAGCUCAAGGUUGUGGUCCUCGAACCGCAGGUGGAUACCAGCCGUCUCCUCUACGUCAACAUGGCGCGUUUCAUCAGCGCAAACGGCGUCGUAGUCAUCCUGCUUGACCACCCGGGCGACAGCCGCAUCACCGAGUUCGACGGCAAAGGCAGCCUGCCAACAAUCUACAACAACGGCACCGUCCCCCUGUCCAACCUCGCCCCACUGACUGCCUGGAACAAGACCGUCGUCGAUGCGUUGGACACCCGCAUCGCCGACAUCCAAUUUGCUCUCCGUCGUCUCGCCGCCAUGGACCUCCAGUCCUUCUACCCCACCCUUACCUUCAACUCCUCCCUCGACACGCAAUACUUCGCCGCCAUCGGCCACGGCUUCGGCGGCACCAUCGCAACCACCCUCUCCCUGACGACCAACCGCACCCGCUUCAGCAUCAACCUCUCGGGCUCCCCACCAGGCUACAGCUCCUACGACGACAUGUUCACAAUGGCAACCACCUACUUCUUCGGCCGCUCCGACUACACCCGCGCCGACGACUUCGCCUGGCCCCGCCUCUGGCCCCAACUCACGGGCAUCGCCACCGAAUUCGACCUUGCCAACUCGGCAAUCUUUGACUUUUCAGACCUCCCCGUCGUCGUCGAGGUUGCGCGCACGCAUGGCAAGGAAGGGGUGCGGGGUGCGGGUGCGCGCGGGAUUGCGCCUGCGCCUACGGCGCGUGCGAAUCAGGCAAUGUUGUGUUUUGUCGAGGCGUUGGUGCGGGAGAAAUUGCUGAUGCAGGAGCGGGUUGUGCAGGGCUGUUUGAGGUUGUUUCCGGAGAUGACGCCGUAUGCUAGAUGA